AUGGCGGUCAAACGACUCCAGUGUCUCGAGAGCAGAAUGGCUAAGGAUCCGUCGCUCAAGCAAAACAUCUUGCGGCAGAUUGACGAGUAUCAGCAGAAGGGCUAUGCGCACCGAGCGACAGCGGAGGAAUUAGCAGAAACGGACCCUCGUCGCACAUGGUAUCUCCCCCUCGGAGCGGUGACCAACUCGAACAAGCCAGGGAAAGUUCGAUUAAUCUGGGACGCGUCCGCAAAAGUGGAUGGCAUAUCCUUAAACUUGGUUCUACUAAAAGGACCCGACAUGGUAACUCCACUGUGCUUCGUAGUCUUUCGGUUCCGACAAUAUACUGUAGCCGUAAGUGCAGACGUAAAAGAGAUGUUCCAUCAGGUCCGUACGAGAGGUGCGGAUCGUUCUGCACAAAGUUUCCUGUUCCAUGACGACCCUUCGGAAGAACCUCAAGUGUUCCGUAUGGACGUUGCUACAUUUGGUGCGACGUGUUCACCAGCCAUCGCACAGUACGUCAAGAACGCUAACGCAAGAUCUUUCGAGAAGGAGUUACCACGAGCUGUUGAGGGGAUUGUUUUCAAUCACUAUGUUGACGACUAUCUGGAUAGCUUCUCCACCGAGAAUAAGGCGAAACAAGUUGCGUCUGAAGUCCGAGAGAUCCACAAACGAGGAGGGUUCGAGAUUCGGAAUUGGUGUUCGAAUAGCCCAACGGUUCUUCAGCAUUUAGGGGAGAGUCAACAGCAUCCGGUGAAGCAAAUGUGUCUCGAUGAAAAGGAGCAAUCUGAACGCGUCCUGGGAAUGCGCCGGGACGCUUGUGCCUGCGUGUCGUACCUUCGAGUUGUCAACGAAGAUGGAGAAGUGGAAGUAGCGCUAGUUUCCUCAAAAACGAAGGUUGUUCCGCUGAAACCAGUCACUAUUCCGAGAUUGGAGCUUCAGGCCUGCGUGCUGGGAACGCGUCUCGCAAAAUACAUUAUCGACGGCCAUUCCUACUCGAUCAAAAAGCGGGUAUUUUGGAGCGACUCAAGUGCAGCCCUCAGUUGGAUUGGUGCGGAUCCUCACAAGUACAGUCCCUAUAUAGCGUACCGAGUGUCCGAAAUAUUGGAAGCGACCGACCGCACCGAGUGGCGCUGGGUAGCAUCGAAAGAUAAUCCAGCUGACGAGGCUACGAAGUGGGGAGCUGGACCGUAUUUCAAUUCCAACAGCAUCUGGUACAGCGGACCUGAAUUUCUAUACAUACUUACCUGA